AUGUCGACGACGACUACGUUCGUCGAUAGGAUUGAUCCUUUUGCCAAAAGAUCGCUCAAAAAGAAGACCAAAAAAUCGCAGGGGAGUUCCAGAUAUCGAAACUCUCAAGAUGUCGAACUUCAACCAUUGCCUCUUCUCAAAGAUGUACCAGCAUCAGAACAAGAAGAACUAUUCAUUCGGAAACUUAGACAAUGCUGUGUUGCAUUUGAUUUCAUGGAUCCCGUUGCCGAUUUGAAAGGAAAAGAAGUCAAAAGAUGCACUCUAAACGAACUCGUGGAUUACAUAACUGGAGGGAGAGGCGUCCUUACUGAACCCGUUUAUCCAGAGAUUAUUAAAAUGAUAUCCGCAAACUUAUUUAGAACUUUGCCGCCGAGCGAAAAUCCGGAUUUCGAUCCGGAAGAGGACGAUCCCACUUUGGAGGCGAGCUGGCCUCACCUCCAACUGGUUUACGAAUUUUUCCUGAGAUUUUUGGAAAGCUCGGACUUUCAACCGACAAUAGGGAAACGCGUUAUCGAUCAGAAAUUCGUAUUGCAACUGUUAGAAUUGUUCGAUUCCGAGGAUCCUAGGGAGCGCGAUUUCUUGAAGACAGUAUUGCAUCGUAUCUAUGGAAAAUUUCUCGGUCUCCGGGCCUUCAUUCGAAAACAAAUUAAUAAUAUAUUUUUGAGGUUUGUGUAUGAGACUGAACACUUCAACGGCGUCGGUGAGCUUUUAGAAAUCUUAGGUUCCAUAAUCAAUGGGUUCGCGUUACCACUUAAGGCUGAACAUAAGCAGUUCCUGGUGAAGGUGCUGAUACCUUUGCAUAAGGUUAAGUGCUUGUCUCUGUAUCACGCGCAGCUCGCUUACUGUGUAGUACAGUUCUUAGAGAAGGAUCCGACUUUGACGGAACCGGUAGUGAGAGGUCUUCUCAAAUAUUGGCCCAAGACGUGCAGUCAGAAGGAGGUGAUGUUUUUGGGCGAGAUCGAAGAGGUUCUGGAUGUUAUUGAGCCGUCGCAGUUUUUGCGCAUCCAAGAACCGUUAUUUAGGCAAAUUUCCAAGUGUGUUUCCAGUCCACACUUCCAGGUGGCAGAGCGGGCUUUGUACUUCUGGAACAACGAGUAUAUUAUGUCGCUGAUGGAAGAAAACAAUCACGUUAUCAUGCCAAUUAUGUUCCCGGCAUUGUACCGCAUCUCCAAAGAGCACUGGAAUCAGACUAUAGUGGCCCUUGUAUACAAUGUCCUCAAAACGUUCAUGGAAAUGAAUUCCAAGCUGUUUGAUGAACUUACAGUCAGUUACAAAGCUGAAAGACAAAAGGAAAAGAAACGGGAAAAGGAGCGAGACGAAUUGUGGAAGAAACUAGCCGAACUCGAGAUAUCCCAUAACAAGAGUACAUCUGCACAACAUAAUAAUAGCCCAUCCAGCAAAAAGUGA